AAAAGAGGUGGAGUCCACACACCUGUUGCCCAUGAUGAAAAACUCAGUACAGUAUAUUUCCUGACUAAAACCAUUGUAAUUAUAUUAAUUUAUUGUUGUUCCACUCCGUGUGCUGUUCAAGUGUUAUAAGACAGUUAAUUCCCCGUCCGUUUGUGCAUCUGUCCAUCUUAGUGUGAAGACCAGCAUUAAGAAACUUCUUGUGGACCAGCCACCGUGGUGUUAUGUGAUGUAACAAGGUGUGGCACAUUGUGGUGGACCAAUUCAUGUGAUAUGCACGUGUCACAGGUAUUUGUUCAAAAUAUGUGACAUGCCGUGACACCUUUAUGAAAAUGUGUCUCAAGUAUUUGUUUCAUGGAAUAUGAUGAUUUUUAUGGCUAUUUUUAACAGGAAUGUUUCAUGAAGUGUCACAUGACAAUGGGUCAAAUUUAGGCUUUUUUUAAAUACAUGUAGGUGAAGAUUAUACAUGCAUAAUAAUUAAUUCAUUAUGUAUCUGUGAUGACAAUAUAGGAUUUCAUAGAACACUUCAAAGUGAACAUAUUAGAUUUACUGAAUGUUACAACUGCUGCAGAUGGAGAGACAAGAACAAAUAUGUGGAGUUGAAGACAAGAUGUUGAUAUCGUAGAUAAUAAGAGAAAAAAUACAAAAGGUAGAAUUCAAAGGCAAUAAAAGGUGGGACACUUGAAUUAAAACAACUAUUUAAAAUACUGUAGAGAAAAACAAUGUUUAAUUCCAGUCAAUAACCCUUGAUCCUGAUUUAUCUCCCUUCUCCAUUUCAUUUAUGUGCAUUUAGAGACACACCAGGAAGAUCAAAAAGACAUUGGAUUUACCAAAAAUUAUCACGUGUAAUUUAAUGGUAAAAAACAACAACCUGUAAAUAGCCCAAAAUAUUUUACAGUCUAAUAAACAUUUGCUCAGAAAAAACUGUAAAAAACAACAACAACCAAAUAACAUUUAAGAAAGAAUUUGAUAAUCAGCAAAUAAAGAUAUUGCUACAUGAUUAAUAAACGAAAUGGCAUCAUCUUGUGACCAGACAUCACGCAGCCUCAUUCAGGAGUUGUUGCAAUGCGCCAUCUGUCUGGGUCAGCUGUCUGAAACUCGCAUUCUGCCGUGCUGCCAUUCAUUCUGCGGAUCAUGCCUGCACACUCACAUCCAAACAUCCCUAGCCAAGCGUUCCCCCUUUCAGUAUUUCCCCAGCUUUCCCUGCCCCACCUGUCGCAUAACCAUCCGAUCUCCCCCUGACGGAAUCAACGGCUUUCUCAAGGACUUCAGACUUGUCAAGUUCAAAGACGUUCUCGAGUCCAUUGUUAAUCGGAAAAAGGAUGACGUCUGUGGAAUCUGUCUGAAUGACAACUCUUCCGAGCCAGCUGAAUCCUUCUGUGCCGAAUGUCAAAAAUAUUUCUGUUUUAAAUGUGCGGGUAAACAUAACUCGAACACGGCUUUCUGUGGUCAUUUCAUGUUUAUUUUAUCAAAGAAGAAAUUCAGUCCUGAACAAAAAUGUCUCAGUCACGCAGACGAGACUGGACGAUUCUUUUGCAGGACCUGUGACACUAUGGUGUGUGUUAUCUGUGUUCUACAAGGUCAUCACGACCACAACAUUGCCAACUUGAGCAGUGUCCUUUCAUCACGGCGGAAGAAUCUGCACAGACAGCAGUCUGAUCUUGAGACACAGAUAAGAAAAACUCAAAGUACACUUUUCCAUCUUACCUGUCUUGAAGGUCAGCUGAAAGAGAUAUAUGAAGAAUCGUGCCUCGGAAUAAAGAAACAGUCGAGAAAACUCAUAAACAGGAUAACGAGUGAGGAGAAAAAGGUGCAGAAAGAACUGGACUUGGAAUAUGCCAACAAACGUGACCGUCUGUUUGAGAUAAAAGAAGACUGUAAGGAUCACCUGGUAUCCUACGAAACGUUACAGAGUCAUAUCGGCUGUAUCCUUCAGCACGAGGACACCCAGGAGCUACAGGACCGGUACCCACAGCUUCUCAGUGAAGUGGAGAAAGCCAGUACCAGUCAAACUGACAGAUGGAAGACACAAGAGGUAACAACUUUUCUAAGAUUCGUCCCAGGUCACAAUCUUAAAUUUGGUAAAUGUCAAAAAGUAGAAUUAAAACAAAAAUCCAAGACGCUUGAACCAAGAGAAUAUUCUGAAGCUGUCCGAGAUUCUGAUCUACAAUUGACAGAAUCAAGUCAUAGCCACGACAAUACAGAUAUUCACCACAAUAAUCCAAGAGGGACUGGGCAUGCUCAGAUAAGCCAAUUUGAAAUUAACCAAACUAAUUCAUCCAGCACUAACACAUCUAGAAAUAUUUUUACUAUCAAUAUGGAUGGAAGUAGAAAUAACAUAACUGGUGCUAGCUCAGCAUCUAAUUCUGAUAUUUUCUCACUGCUUUCUACACAACUGGUCAGCAUAUUUGGAGGAUUUGGACGUUCUGUUGGCGAUCUGAGUCUUCCAUACAAUAUCUGUUUCACAGCAGAAGGAAAGCUUAUCGUUGCUGAAAAUGGCAACAGGAGAUUACAGAUUUUUGACACGGACAGUCGCAGCGUGAACACUGUUGCCAGCGGCGAGAUCAUUCCACGAUGUGUUACCAUGGUGACAGAUGACCACAUUGCCGUGACAGAUGAACUGACAAAGUCAAUCAAAGUGUACAGUACUGACGGAGUCCACAUGAAGACUCUCAUUCCAGCAGCUUCCACUCUCCCAUACGGUCUAGCAGUAACACAGUCUGGAAACUUUGUCUUCACAGACAUGAUAUUUGAGAAUGUCACCGUAAUGUCUCAGACGGGACACCUAGAACAGCAGUUUGGAGCCCACGGGUCCUCGGAUACGACCUUCAACAACCCAGGUUACAUAGACUGUGACAAGCAAGACAACAUUUACGUGUCGGAUUCCAGCAACCAUUCGAUAAAAGUGUUCGACAAAACGGGAAACUUUAUACAAAGGUUUGGCGGUUAUGGCUCGCUGAAUGGACAACUCAAAUAUCCGAAAGCUGUGGUGGUGGAUAAUUUGGGGAGGGUUUUUGUUGCAGACUCGGGUAAUGACCGCGUUGUUGUGUUCUCUGCUGAUGGACAAUUUCUGCAGACACUGCUAGUGAGGUCACAUGGCCUACAGAGGCCUACAGGACUGGCCUGCUUCAGAGGUGAAAUGAUAGCUGUGUCCAUGCCGGAUCUCAAUGAAGUCCGCAUUUAUAAAGUGACUACAUUAUGAAAACGUUUCUCAUUAAAAUAAUUUGUGAAUUCA